AUGUCUAAUUUACAAUCCCAUCAACGUCAACAUAUGAAAGGCAAACCAUUUCGUUGUGAGCAAUGCUUUAUGUCAUUUGAUACAAAAGAAGAAUUGGAUGUUCAUGUACAAGCAAAGCAUUCGGGUAACCGAUAUGCUAAGGUCCUAGUAUGUCCUAUCUGCACAAAAUCUUAUAAUUCAGAAACCUAUCUAGCUAAACAUGUUGAUCGGCAUAAAGAGGCGGCGGCUACAGCUGGUGCUGAUGGCAAUGGCUCCAAUACGCGGGGCAAUAACAGUCACAAUAGUAAUAACAACAGCAACAACAACAACAAUAACAAUAAUACUACUAAUAACAAUAACAGUAGUAGUAAUAAUAAUAAUACUAGUGUGAUAAAUCUGAGAAAUCAAACCUGUAUGGAUAAUAUAUUCGCUGCUGGAUUUCAUAAUCAUUCAGUUGCUAUGGCUGCUGCAGCCGCCUCAGCACUUACUCGUGGUGGGCAGGUUAUCGAUUCGAAUGCUGCAGCAGCUGUUACACAUAUGGGUGGUCUUGGAGGUGUUACUACUGGUGGACGUCAUCCACAUGGAGCAGCAGCAGCCGCGGCGGCUAUGGUUGCAGCACAUGCACAUCAAGACUUGCAUUUAAGGGCUGUUGCAGCAGCAGCUGUUGCCAAUAGUAACACUAAUGCCAAUAAUAAUAAUAAUGGUAUGAAUCUUAAUAAUCAUCGUGUUGUUGGUGUUGGCGGUGAUAUUGACAAUUCAUGCGGUUUUUUUAAUUCAACAUUAAAUGAUGCAAGAAUUAAUGGGAAUAAUAAUAGCAAUAAUACGAAUAAUAGUAAUAGUAAUAGUCCGAAUACAGGAUGUGACCUAUUACAUAAUAAUAACAAUAAUAAUAAUAAUGGAAAUGGGAAUGCAUUGAAUUAUAGUUCAAUGUCUACAACAAGCGUAGGAGGAUUAUUUCAUCAUUUACCAGUAGGCGGAAUGAUUCAUGGAUCGAGUAGUGAACAUUUAACUGCAGCUGUACAACAACAACAACAACAGUGUAUUACGUCAUCACAUCGUCAUCAACAUUUUCAAGAGGAAAGCCAUCAACACAUGAAUUCAUAUGGACAUUCAAAUUUAUCCUCACCGAAUCAUCAUAAUCAAAGCCAACCAACAACAACAACAGCUGUACGGUCAUCAACAUCACCCUCACCAUCACCAACCUCAACAACAACUUCCUCAAGGACAACAACAUAUUCAACGUCGUCAUCAUUAUCUCCAGGAGUAAAUGAUUCAUCACAAUGUCAACAACAUUUAUUAAAUUUAACACAGCAUCGUUUGUCUAAUUCUACUACUACUACUUCAAAGCGAAUUUGUUCCCCGUCAACUGAAUGUACCGCCAUCAGUAGUUCAUCAUCGGUAUCAUCAGUAACAAUAGCGCCAACAGGGGGAAUGGUGAAUUCAACAAUGGAUCGAUAUAUUUCAACGCCUAUCACUACUUCUACUACCUCAAUCACUCCAUCACCUACAACGGGAACAACACAGUCAGUGACUGCAGUUAACGGUUCGUUAAAUAAUGAGGGUAUACAUCGACAUGCAUUACUUCCACCUCCAGCUCAUCAACAACAUUCUGUACAGUUGGGGGAAUCAAAUUCGUUAUAUAUUAACAAUAAUAAUAAUAACAAUGAUAAUCAGACUAACUGUACAACCGCUAACCACCAUCCAACUGUACAGUCAGAAACUCAACGGCAGCACACCCAUCAACACCAUCAUCAGAACCAUCAUCAAGAAGAGCAUAUACCUUUGCCUGUACAAAAUCAUUCCAGUCAAUCAUUACUAUCUAGUCAUGUUGUCGGUCAGUUGACAUCUUCACCGUGUACAUCACCAAGUCAAUUGUUAAACACAACAGAUGAUAUAACUAUAGAAGCCAAUGAAUGUCAGAGAAUGAAUAUUAAGGAAGACAGUCAUGAGAAUUGUGAAAAAUGGUACAACGAUAGGCAUAACGAUAAUACUGAUGAUGUUUUAAACGCCUAUAACAAUGAUAAUAAUAAAGAAGGGAAUAAAGAGAAUCCCAUCGAAAUUGACACCGAAAUCAACACCGACGCUAUCAAACACCAUCAUCCUAACAGAGGAAAAAAUCAAGAAGAACAGGAAGAAGAAGAAGAAGUUGACGACGAUGGCGGUGAGGAUGAAAAUGAGAAUGAGGAUGAUAUUAUCAUGAAUAAGACAGAUAUCAGUACACCGAAUCAUAUGUAUGAUUUUUUAUUCCAUGCCAAUUCAAACAGUAAUAAUAAUGAUGAUGAUGAUGUCGGUUUAAAGUCAACCCAACACGAGGAUGUUGAUGAAGAUCCUAAAGACCUGUUGAUUUCAUCGCAUAAAUCUUCUAGAUUUAAUCAAAACGCAAUCCUACCAAAUAGUUUAUCCCCAACAUCGACUGAUCUACUCCAGUGUAAUAAUAAUAAUAAUGGUGGAAAUAUUCUUCAUAAUCGAUCAAUAUCGUCGGCAUCAGCAUCGCUAUCUUCCUCGUCGUCGUCUUCCCCGUGUAUUGAUCCUGUGAUGACAGAUGAAAUUAAUUCAAUUGGAUUGGAAAAUAUCAAUUACACUGACAAUAAUCAUGAUAAUAAUAAUACUAAUAAUAAUCCUACGGAAUGUGAAACAAAUACCCUGUCAACGAGUAUUGGAAUUGAAUCAAUUCUUGGUGGAGGAGAUCAUCCAUUAAAAAUUCAAACAAAUAAUCAAUAUACAAUGGAUAAACUGAAAUCAAUUGAUGCGGGAAAUCUGUUUCCUAGCAACAACAACAACAACAACAAUCACAACAUAAAUCCUAAUAACACUAAUAAUCGAUCAUUAAAGCGUAGUUGGUCAAAUAGAGAAUUAUUAAAUGCAUAUAAUAAUCAUGAUCCCGAUCAUCAAGAUGAUGGCAAUGAUGAUCACAGUAUUGAUCAUAAUGAUAAUAAUGAUAUACAUAAUGAUAUAGACACUGAUAGUAUUGACUGUGUGGGGAUAAGGAGCCUCAGCGACGACAAUAGCACGAUCAACGUUGGUAAUUCCCCCACAAAUACCAUGAAUAGUAAUCACCAUAAUAAUAAUGAUAAUGAUGACAGAAAAUCGAUAUCAGAAGAAGGAGAAGAAGAAGAUUCACAACAACAACAUCAAUUGAAUUCGACGUCGACAUCACCAAUAUCAGCAUCGGUAGUAGCACAACAUUUAAAUUCUGCUAAACGUCGACGUCGACAUCAGUAUGUACCACAACAUUUACCAUUAAUAAAUCAUCGUGGAAAGUUAUCAGCAAAUGAUAAAUAUACAAAAUCGGAUCAGUUGAAUGGAGAUGUUAAUGAAGCAUCCCCCUCCUCCUCCGUCUCCUUGUCAUCAUCGUUGAAUAGUCCUCUUGACAAUGGAACUGAUGAACUCGACGGUGAAAAUAUCCGUGACGGUGUUGUUCACAAGGCCAAAAACAACAAUAAUCAUGUUGAUCCUAACGCCGAUGAUGUAAUCCUCACAUCAAAUGGUAUCCAGAAGGCAGAUAUCACAUCAACAAAUGAUAGACAAUGUUAUUUCUCAGCUUUUUAA